CCCAGGUUGUGAAAUAGUGUGUCCCAAAAAUGUUUGCUUAUGACUGGAAUUAGUCCUCUGGUUCCCAUGGUACCAUCUGUUUACCUGCUUUUAUCUGAGAGUCACCUGCAAAAUGAGUUUCAUGAGGUAGCAGGUAUAUAAUGAGAGCAAUAAACAGGAGACUUACUCAUACUUGCUUUUCCAGAAUUUGGAAGGUUCUUUUUGUUAAUGGUGACUAGAUAAUGGCCCUGUCCAAUGUCUGCAUGUAGCAAUGAUCGAAUGUUUGCCUUAUGCUAAUGCAACUAUUUAUAAAAAAAGUGAAAAUAUUCUCUUUGGAAUGGGAAAUCCUCUUCUUGACAUCAGUGCUGUAGUGGAUAAGGAUUUCCUUGAUAAGUAUUCUCUUAAACCAAAUGACCAAAUCUUGGCUGAAGACAAACAUAAGGAACUGUUUGAUGAACUUGUAAAAAAAUUCAAAGUUGAAUAUCAUGCUGGUGGCUCUACCCAGAAUUCAAUUAAAGUGGCUCAGUGGAUGAUUCAGCAGCCACACAAAGCAGCAACAUUUUUUGGAUGCAUCGGGAUAGAUAAAUUUGGGGAGAUCCUGAAGAAAAAAGCCGCUGAAGCCCAUGUGGAUGCUCAUUACUAUGAACAGAAUGAGCAGCCAACAGGAACUUGUGCUGCAUGCAUCACUGGUGGCAACAGGUCCCUUGUAGCUAAUCUUGCUGCUGCUAAUUGUUAUAAAAAGGAGAAACAUCUUGAUAUGGAGAAAAACUGGACCUUGGUAGACAAAGCAAGAGUUUAUUAUAUAGCAGGUUUUUUCCUCACAGUUUCCCCAGAGUCAGUUUUAAAAGUGGCUCACCAUGCUUCUGAAAACAACAGAAUUUUUACUUUGAAUCUGUCUGCACCAUUUAUUAGUCAGUUCUACAAGGAAUCAUUGAUGAAAGUUAUGCCUUAUGUUGACAUACUUUUUGGAAAUGAGACGGAAGCUGCCACUUUUGCUAGAGAGCAAGGCUUUGAGACUGAAGAUAUUAAAGAAAUAGCCAAAAAGACACAAGCUCUGCCAAAGGUGAACUCGAAGAGGCAGCGAAUUGUGAUUUUCACCCAAGGGAGAGAUGACACUAUACUGGCUACAGAAAGUGAAGUCACUGCUUUUGCUGUCUUGGAUCAAGACCAGAAGGAAAUUGUUGAUACCAAUGGAGCUGGAGAUGCAUUUGUUGGAGGUUUUCUGUCUCAACUGGUCUUUGACAAACCCCUGACUGAAUGCAUCCGUGCUGGCCACUAUGCAGCAAGUGUCAUAAUUAGGCGGACUGGCUGCACUUUUCCUGAGAAGCCAGACUUCCACUGAUGGAAAAGCAGGACACCCCAGCCGAGAAGUACAGACGCGGCUCUGAUUGCUUCCCGAGAACUCCCGUAUUAAUGAAGAAGAAAAUUACCUGCCACCUUUCUUACUAUAAUAAUGUUCAUUGUUAAUUUAGAGGGUACAGUAAUGCACAGUAGAAUCUCUAUUCUCUCAAAAACCUAAAAAGUGAGGUUUAUUUCCAUAGUUUGGUAGUACCACUUAAAUGUCAAUUAAACAAGCAUAUAACAUUUCAAUAGAAAUUUUUGUUUCAUUUUCAGUUACUUUGUAAAUUCAUGUGUAUUUAGCAAAGUGAUCAGUUUUUUUUACAUUUCUGCUUUGAAUGCAGAUGCAAUUUAAUAUAAUAGAUUUUUAAAAAGGAAAUUAAAGAUAAUACAUAAAUCUUUAGCUUUUAUACAAAUAUAUUUAAUUCAGGAAUGUGUGUGUACACAUACAUACACAUAUGUAUGUUCAUACAUGUACCACACAUAUACAUAAUAAAUGGUCAGAUAAGGUACAGAAAUAUUUAUCUUGCCAACUUAUGCCAAAUAAUUUCUAGUAUGUACUCAAAAAUGUAAUAAACUUUGGAUAAUUAAAUAAUUUUCCAAAUUAUGAGCUAUGUUACAAUAUUCAAAUCAUAGUCUUAUAUUUACUUAUGGUACUCUGUAAUUUGAUACAAAUAAAAAGUUGUCAUAUAGGACUUUUUUCCUGUCUUUGCCCUGUGCUCAGCAAACUAAGGAAUAAAGAUCAUUGUUUAAUCCUGGGCCCUGAAAUGAUAACUAAUUUGUUGAUGGAAAUAGAAGGAAUAACAUACCUAUAUUGAAUAAUAGCUUAGUAUUAGAGACCAAUAAGCCACUGUUUAAAGGAAGACAGAAUGGUAUAAUAGAACCUCUGGAGGCAGAUUAAUUACCUUUAUAUGACCUUGGGUCAAAUACUCAGCCCCUUUGAGCUUCAAUCUCCUUUCUAUAAAAUGGGAUCAUAACCCCUGUGUACAAGGUCAUUGAGAUGAUUUGAGAGAGAAUGCUAAGUAUAAAGUGCUUAUCAUUAUUAUUGUUGCUGAAGAAGAAAAAGAUCGUAGUUGUAAAACUGAAUUCAAACCAUAGAAAAGAGUUCAGGUUGUUGGUUAUUUUUUUACAUAAGUAACUUUUUAGGUCUCCUGUGCUUGUUUAUCUUUUUAUUAUCAUUGAGCUAUAACUCAUUAUAUAUAUGAAUUUUCCAUUUUAAAGUGUACAGUUAAAGUGUAAAGUGAAAAAAAGAAAGAGGAGUUCCUGUUGUAGCUUAAUGGGUUAUGAACCUGACUAGUAUCCGUGAGGAUGUGGGUUUGAUCCCUGGCCUCGCUCAGAGGGUUACGGAUCUAAUGUUUCCAUAAGCUGUGGUGUAGGUUGCAGAGGCAACCCAGAUCCCCAUAUUGCCAUGGCUGUGGUAUACGUGGCAGCUGCAACCCUGCUGCAACCCCUGGCCUGGAACUUCCAUAUGCCACAAAUGCAGCUCUGAAAAGCUAAAUAAAUAAAUAAAUAAAUAAAGUGUAAAGUGGGGUGUCACCAUUAUGACUCAGCAGGUUAAAAACGCAACAUAGCGUCCUUGAGGAUACCAGCUCAAUCCCUGGCCGCACUCAGUGGGUUAAGGAUCCAGUGAUGCUGCAAGCUCCGGCAUAGGUCGCAGAUGCAGCUCGGCUCUGGCAUUGCUGUGGCUGUGGCAUAGGCCAGCCGCUGCAGCUCCAAUUCAACCCUUAGCCUGGGAACUUACAUAUGCCGUAGGUGCGACUGUAAACAGGAAAAAAAAGUGUAAAGUGGGCUUUAGUAUAUUCACAAAACUGUGCAGCUAUCACCAAUAGCUAAAUCAAGAACAGUCUCAUCACCUCUAAAGGAGACCCUGUACCCAGUUCAUUCCCAUCUUCUGGUAACCACUAACCUAUUUUCUGUCUCUGUAGAUUUGCCUGUUCUGAACAUUGAUAAAAAUGGAGUCGUGUAACAUGUGUUCAUUUGUGUCUGGCUUCUUUUACUUAGCAUGUUUUCAAGGUUCAUCUUAAAAUGUUUUCAGUACUUCUUUUUAUUGCCAAACAGUAUUUCCUUGUAUGGAUAUACCAUAUUAUGUUUAUCUGUUCACCGCUUGAUGGACAUUUCAGUUGUUAACAUUUUGGGACUACCAUGAAUUAUACUGCUAUUAACAUUCACAUACAAAUUUUUUACGUUGAUGUAUGUUUUCAUUUCUUUAGGACAUAUACCUUGGAAUAGAAUUGCAGGGUCACAUGGUAACUGUAGGCUUAACUUUUUGAGAUACUGCCAAACUUUUUUCCAAAGGGGCUGCAUCAUCUUGCCUUCUUACCAACAAGGUUUAAGGGUUUCAAUUUUUUUACACCCUUGCCAACACUUGCUACUCUGUUUGAUUGUGGCCAUCUUGGGAGUAUAAUGUGAUAUCUCAUUGUGAUUUUAAUUUACAUUUUCUUACCUACUAAUGAUACUGUUCUUAUUGACCAUUUGUAUUUUUUCUCUGGAGAAAUGUCUGUUCAAAUCCCUUGCUCAUUUUUUCAUUGAGUUUAUCCUUUUAUUCUUGAGGUGUAAGCAUUCUUUAUAUAUUCUGGAUAUAAAUCUUAUCAGACAUGAUUUACAAAUAUUUUCUUCCAUUCUGAGGGUUAUGUUUUCAUUUUCUUGAUGGUAUCCUUUGAAGCACAGAUGUUCUUAAUUUGUAUGAAAUCUUUAUCUCCUUUUUUUUUUGUUGUUGUUUUCAUAUUUAGGGAACCAUGGCCUAAUGCAGUAUCAUGAAGAAUUACAUGUAUAUCCUCUUCUAAGAUUUUCAUAGUUUUUGCUCUUACAUUUAACUCUUUGAGCCAUUUUGAGGUUUUUUUUAAUAUAUUUGAGUUGGGAGGUCUAAAUUAAGUAUCUUGUGUGUAGAUAUCCGCUUAUUUCAUUACCUUAUUAAGAAAGACUAUUUUCUCCACUAUGGCACCCUUGUCAAAAAUCAGUUGACCAUAAAUGUAAGGCUUUAUUUCUGGACUCUCAGUUCUGUUCCAUUUGUCUCUAUGUCUAUCCUUAUGCUAAUCUAGACUGUCUUGAUUACUGGAGCUUCAGGUUUUGAAAUCAGGAAGUGUGAGUCCUCCAGCUCUGUCUCUCAAGAAUAGUUAGUUUGGGAAGUUCCCAUUGUGGCUCAACGGUAACGAACCCAACUAGUAUCCAUGAGGAUACAGUUUUGAUCCCUGGCCUCGCUCAGUGGGUUAAGGAUCAGGCAUUGCUGUGAGCUGCCAUGAGCUGUGGUGUAGGUCACAGAUGCAGCUCGGAUCCCACGUUGCUGUGGUGUAGGCCAGCAUCUGCAGCUCCAGUUCAACCCCUAGCCUGGGAACUUCCAUAUGCCAAGGUGUGGCCCUAAAAAAGAAAAAAGAACAGUUAGUUUGACUGUUAGAGUAUCUUUAUCAUAUUGAAAUUACUACAGAAUGUCUUCCUCUUAGAUUAGUAACUGGGACACUGAGAAACUUUUCUUAUUCUUUUUUAGAAAAAAAAAUCUUUUACUCCAAGACUAUCAAUCGAGUACCACUCACCAGCUAGGAAGACAGUCACUAUAGGAGGUUCCUAAGUAGUAAUUAACAUGCACACAGAUCACAUAACUUCCUUAUAUUAAAAAAAAAAAACUUCUUGUAUUAAAAAAUUAGUCAUUGGGAUAUGUUUAUUUUUGUUCUUGGGUUUAUGGCAUACUUUUUUAGGUCUCUGUUUUGGUAAAGAACAAAGGCAAAAUACUGGCUAGCCUAGCAGAUUGGGUCUCAGGAAAAUUGCCUUCACCUGGUUGUAAGGCAUUUCCUUCUGUGGACUGAGUUUUUCCAUCUUGGAAGGAGGAAUAGUCAACCUAAUUUCACUUAUAGCAUCUUUUUUUUUUUUUUUUUUUUUUUUUUUUCCCACUGUACAGCAAGGGGGUCAGGUUAUCCUUAGAUGUAUACAUUGCAGUUACAGUUUUUUCCCCCACCCUUUCUUCUGUUGCGACAUGAGUAUCUAGACAUAGGACUUAUAGCAUCUUGGUUUAACAGAUAGUGAAGGAAGACAUAGAGUAUGGGGGGAAGAAUCAUGACGUUGUCAAGAAGACAUUGGUUCUGAUCUCAGGUUGGUGUCAAGUAGUUGUGUGACCCUAGAAUGUAAUUCACAGAAUGUGGAUGCUUCAGUUGUGACAUCCCUAAAGUAUAUUAUGUACCACCGGUUUUAAUAAGGUUGCCCCGUUGUAUGUGGGAAAAGAUGGUUCUUACUAGAGGAGUGUGCCAGAAAGACUAAGGCCCUUCGCUUGUGUGUUACAGUUGGAUAAAUCAGGUGGGCUCAGGAGACCAAUACUUGUGUGCCUAGCCUAGGUGACCUGGAAAGUUAAAGUAUUGAGGUUGGCCUUGUCUCAGCAAGUGUUGGAAGUUGCCUGAAAACAUUUGGAGACAGUCUGGGUGCCCAAGUUUUAGUAUAACAGAGUAGGAGAGAAAAAAAAAAAAAAAGGAGCAAGAGUAGUUAUUGAGUUUUCCUCUAGUUUUUAUAUCUGUCUUCAUGAUAUGUAC